AUGGCCGCGUUCCUUGCAAUUAAAACAGAACAAGUGACCUCGUGGCUGACCAGGUUUAUCAGCGGCAAUUCUAGGAUUAUUUUGUCCCGAAUUGUUAUCAGUCCAGCUUCUAUUCCUUCCCAAACUGCGUUCCUCGUCUUCGCGUUGCUUUUGCUGCUCAGCUUCCAUCGUCAGGCUGUGGCUGCGCUUGCGGCUGCACUGGCUGCGGCUGCGCUGGCUGCUGCGGCUGCGCUGGCGGCUGCGCUGGCGGCUGCGCUGACGGCUGCGCUGGCGGCUGCGCUGGCGGCUGCGCUGGCGGCUGCGCUGGCGGCUGCGCUGGCGGCUGCGCUGGCGGCUGCGCUGGCGGCUGCGCUGGCGGCUGCGCUGGCGGCUACGCUCGCGGCUGCGCUCACGGCCGCGCUGACGGCUGCGCGGGCGGCUAUGCUGACGGCUGCGCUGGCGGCUGCGCUGGCGUCUGCGCACGCGGCUGUGGCGGUGACUGCCACCACAUCGAACCCCGUUGUCAUCAACAUGUCGAUUGUUGUGUGA